GUAGUGGGCCGGGUUGCAGAACCGGCUGUCAUGCCGUAUUAUCUGUUUGCACUUACUUACAUGGUCGUAUACUCACCGUUCAGCCCACAUCCAGCAGAAUCAGCUAUUGCCGCCCUACUGAAGACUGUGCCCCUCUGGUAUCUGACCAUCUACACCUACAGACGUCGGGCAGAAAAACUGAAACCUCUUCGAGCGCUGAAAACAUCCCCAGGUUCUGCAGACUUGCUCAGCAAGGAGGAAGCGACAAGAAUCUCUGUGCAGAAAACAGGAUUCACCAUACGUUCACUAGGAUAUUUUAUAGCGAGCUUACUAGUGUCCAGCUUAGGCGACAUUUGUUUAGUUUACAAACAUUUAUUUAUGCCCGGCAUUUUCUGUUUUAGCAUUGUCCAUGUUUUCAACGUGCUAUCUCUGCGAAGACAUUACGCUACCAGUUGCAAGGCGUGGCUGUCGGUUCCCCUCUGCUUGCUUCUGUAUUCAGUCGUACUGUCAGUUCUCAGCGACACUGUUUUCCUGAUCAUAGUCUUUCUUUAUGCUGUCCUCAUUCACUCUAUGUUGUUUUUUGCCAUCGCAGGCUACGAAAGCUGUCCUUGUCCCUCAACCUUGUCCUCUAUGCUGGGUGCUUCUCUGUUUGUACUUUCAGAUUUUCUGAUCGCCUGUGACAAAUGGUGGCUACAGACGCCAUAUUGCCAGUUGAGCAUUCUGCUCGCGUAUUAUAUGGCUCAACUUUUGCUGGCCGUAGGCGACUGUUGA